CCACCGGGCUGGCCCAAGAACAGCACCGACCCUUUUAUCUUAGACCAGAUCACUGAAGGGCAGCUGGACUGGGCUACCCUAUCCUCUCCUUUUGAUAUCAUGUUACUGGAAGGACCCAAUGGCCGAAAGGAGUUCCCCAUGUACAGUGGGGAGGAAGCCUACGUUUGGGGCCGCAAGAAGUUUCCCCAGGAAGAAGCUGCCAUUGACAAGUAUAUAAAGCUGGUUAAGGUGGCGUCCGGUGGAGCUGCUCAUGCCAUCCUGCUGAAGUUCCUGCCCUUGCCCGUGGCUCAGCUCCUUGACAAGUGUGGGCUGCUGACCCGUUUCUCUACAUUCCUGCAUGCAUCCACCCAGAGCCUGGCCGAGGUGCUGCAGCAGCUGGGGGCCUCCCCUGAGCUGCAGGCAGUGCUCAGCUACAUCUUCUCCACAUAUGGUGUGACCCCCAGCCAUAGCACCUUUUCCAUGCAUGCAUUGGUGGUGCACCACUACAUGCAAGGGGCCUUUUAUCCUCGAGGGGUUUCCAGCGAAAUUGCCUUCCACACCAUCCCUGUGAUUCAGCGGGCCGGGGGUGCUGUCCUGACGAGGGCCACCGUGCAGAGUGUCUUGCUGGACUCAGCUGGAAAAGCCUGUGGUGAGAGCCCUGCGCUGUGCUUCAGGGACCCUGGGCUGGUGUGGGAGGACUCUGGGCUGGUGUGGGAAACACCUGGGGUCUCUCUGAGGGCAGAAAGUGUUGAGCAGCUGACGUCCUCAUGGAGAUUAGAGGCUAGAACCUGUCCAGAGCAGGGGCUGGGGCAGAGUGAUUAGUGUGGACGUAAAAAGGGAGCAGGAAGGAUAAAGGUUUCCACGGUCCCCAAUGAACACUAUUGAGUUAUCUAUUCAGUAGCUAUGAAUAUUUGUCCUGUAAUCCAUGACCUUCUGAUUUGGGGGGUUUUGGAUUUUU